CGUUCGUUGGCACAUACGAUUACUCUUUCUUUUCUCCCAUAUCGCUGCCGUGAAUUUGGAAAAAUGGCGAUCCGACAUGAGAUGGCAGUUGGCCUCAACAAGGGUCACAAGAUGACCAAGAAUAGCACUGUGAAGAAAGCCACCAGGAGAGGGAUGAACAAACAUGCCAAGUUUGUCCGCGACCUGGUGAGAGAAGUCACAGGGCUGGCUCCAUAUGAAAGGAGGUGCUUGGAGUUUCUCAAGGUCGGCAAGGACAAGAAGGCUCUCAAAUUCUGCAAGAAGAGGUUGGGAACUCUUGGCCGUGGCCGCAGAAAGCGUGAGGAACUGAACGCCAUCUUAUCCGCCCAGAGGAAGGCUGCCUCAGCAGCUGCCCAAGCCGCAGCAGCAGAACAGAAGUCCAAGUAGACUUAACGAACUCAUGUGAAGAGGAUAUAUGUGUACUCUGAAUAUAUCCCAAGAUCUAAUUUAUUCUCAUCAAUCAUCUACCAAUAUGGAAGACUCCUUUUCUGAAGCUUGUGGAUAAUCACCUGUACUCUAUCUCAGAUCUUAACAUACUUCAAGCUGUUGACCAUUGGGUAGGAUGCCCAUCUUUUUGUGGUAUAAUCUCACAACAUGGUGGUUCAUCUUCGAGUAUUGAUGUGAUCAUUAUGUGAAUAAAAGAGAACAGGAUAUUUGCAGAGAAACCCAA